AUGUCUCGUCGCACCACCGUCCCUGAACAGCCCUCUCGGCCAUUCACUGUGGGGAGCUGUGUCCUCUACGGCUGUGGAGCAGGACUGCUAGGUGUCGCCGCAAUGACGGUUGGAGAAAAGAUCGAACAAUUCUUCACCGGUAGGCCUAGCUCAUAUGUCCCGGGACAUACGCUUGAGCGCGUGCUGUCGCUCCCCACUCGGCCUGAUUCAGAGCGCUUCGGCUUAAACAUGGCCAUGCAUUACGGACAGGGAGCAGCCGCAGCAAUCAUCAGAGCUCUUAUGAGCGCCAAUGGUGUCCGCGGGCCGUUCGCUGAUUUUAUGUUUAUUUCUGUGCGGCUUUUGAUUGACCAGACACUGGAGAAUAUCACCGGUGUUGGGGCACUUCCAUGGACAUGGCCGGUUAACGAGCAGGUCAUUGAUAUUAUGCAUAAGGCGGUCUUUGCAUUCGUCACAGGGUAUUUCACGGAUAGAUGGCUUCAAUAA